CCCGCUCCUCCCCGCCCCCAGUGACACAAUAGCAGCUCCCUCCAAGAUGGCGGCAGCGACGGCGGACACUGGAGCUGGGAGCCCGCAGGCUGGAGACUCCUCCGGCGGGGCCGCUGGGGGCGGGCUGCCGUCCCCAGGGGAGCAGGAGCUCAGUCGGCGCUUGCAGCGCCUGUACCCCGCGGUCAACCAGCACGAGACGCCGCUGCCGCGCUCCUGGAGCCCCAAGGACAAGUAUAACUACAUCGGCCUCUCCCAGGGCAACCUCCGCGUCCACUACAAAGGUCAUGGCAAAAAUCACAAAGAUGCUGCCUCAGUGCGUGCCACCCACCCCAUACCUGCUGCUUGUGGCAUUUAUUACUUUGAGGUGAAGAUUGUCAGCAAAGGAAGAGAUGGGUACAUGGGAAUAGGACUCUCAGCUCAAGGCGUCAACAUGAACAGACUUCCUGGUUGGGAUAAACAUUCCUAUGGUUACCAUGGAGAUGAUGGGCAUUCCUUCUGUUCCUCCGGUACUGGCCAGCCCUAUGGCCCCACAUUCACCACAGGAGAUGUGAUUGGCUGCUGCGUGAACCUCAUCAACGGCACCUGCUUCUACACUAAGAAUGGUCACAGCCUUGGUAUAGCCUUCACCGACCUCCCGGCCAACCUCUACCCCACCGUAGGCCUGCAGACACCCGGGGAGAUUGUGGACGCCAACUUUGGGCAGCAGCCCUUCCUGUUUGACAUUGAGGACUACAUGCGGGAAUGGCGUGCCAAGGUCCAGGGCACUGUCCACUGCUUCCCCAUCAGUGCCCAGCUUGGCGAGUGGCAGGCAGUGCUGCAGAACAUGGUCUCAUCUUACCUGGUGCAUCAUGGGUAUUGUGCCACAGCCACAGCUUUUGCCCGAAUGACUGAAACCCCGAUUCAGGAAGAACAAGCAUCUAUAAAGAACCGACAAAAGAUCCAGAAGUUGGUGCUAGAGGGCCGUGUGGGCGAGGCCAUUGAGACCACACAGCGCUUCUACCCAGGGCUGCUGGAGCACAAUCCCAACCUGCUCUUCAUGCUCAAGUGCCGACAAUUUGUGGAGAUGGUGAAUGGGACCGACAGUGAGGUCCGCAGCUUGAGCUCCCGAAGCCCCAAGUCCCAGGACAGCUAUCCUGGCUCCCCCAACCUCAGCCCCCGACACGGCCCCAGUAGUUCCCACAUGCACAGCACAGGUGCAGACAGUCCCAGCUGCAGCAAUGGCGUCGCAUCCACCAAGAGCAAGCAGAACCACAGUAAAUACCCUGCACCCAGCUCCUCCUCUUCCUCCUCCUCGUCCUCCUCGUCCUCCUCAUCCCCAUCCUCCGUCAAUUACUCCGAGUCCAACUCAACAGAUUCCACCAAGUCCCAGCCCCACAGCAGUACCAGUAACCAGGAGACCAGCGACAGUGAGAUGGAGAUGGAGGCGGAGCAUUACCCCAACGGUGUGCUGGAGAGCAUGUCCACACGCAUCGUCAAUGGUGCCUACAAGCAUGAGGACCUGCAGACAGAUGAGUCAAGCAUGGAUGAUGGGCAUCCCCGGCGGCAGCUCUGUGGGGGCAACCAGGCUGCCACAGAAAGGAUAAUCCUGUUUGGCCGCGAGUUGCAGGCACUGAGUGAGCAGCUGGGCAGGGAGUAUGGCAAGAAUUUGGCCCACACGGAGAUGCUGCAGGAUGCCUUCAGCCUGCUGGCGUACUCUGACCCCUGGAGCUGCCCAGUUGGCCAGCAGCUUGACCCCAUCCAGAGGGAGCCUGUGUGUGCUGCCCUCAACAGCGCCAUUUUAGAGUCUCAGAACCUGCCAAAGCAGCCCCCGCUGAUGCUCGCCCUGGGCCAGGCAACUGAAUGUCUACGGCUCAUGGCCCGAGCGGGCCUGGGAUCCUGCUCCUUUGCCAGAGUCGACGACUACUUGCACUAGCUGACCGUGCUGGCUGGCCCCGCCUGGCCCUCCCUCGGCCCAGGGCUGGAGCAGCCUGGCCCUCCAUAGGCACCUGGCGCAGGGACCUGGAAGCCACGGGCAGAGUCCACUCCUCCUGCCUGGCCUCCUCCCUUUCCUUUCCUUUCCUUUCCUUUCCUUUCCUUUCCUUUCCUUUCCUUUCCUUUCCUUUCCUUUUUCCUUUUUCCUUUUUCCUUUUUCCCCACCUCAGUCUCUCCCCCCCAUCCCCCCUUCACGUGCAGCGGCCUAUGACGCAAUAUCGGCUGGUUACUCUCAUGUAGCACCUUCUACUUUGAAAGGGGGGUUUUGUUUUGAGGAGGGGUUGAGUUUUUUUAAUCAUUUUUUUCCCACAUGACUGAGCCACCAGUAUUUAUCUCUGGAGAGUUUGUGCUGAGCUGGUUUCUGCUAAUUUAGUGAUGAAGCCUAUCCAAGUUGGUGAUAGCUUAUUAUUUUCAUAAGUAAAAAAAAUGAGAUUAUAUAUAUAAAUAUAUAUAUUACAAAAAGACACAGUAUUUAUCGUAGUGUUAGUCCAGCACCUCUUGGGUGAGGCUAUCCAGACACCAUAUGUUUUUAUUGGAGUCCAAUUCAUUAAAAAAGGAUCAUCUCUGUAACCUCAGCCAAGUGAUUUAUUUCAGGCUUCCCUUUGUUGAGCCACAGGUCCAGCUGCAGCCCAGGGCAGCCCAAGAGGCUUUGCGGUGGGGCACUCAGUGGGCCGAUCAGGCUGAGCUGGUUUGUAGCAUCCAAGAGGUAUGAGUCCCCAGGCCCCAAAGAAUCGGACUGAGCGGAAAACCAGUCGGGCCAGGGGUCCAGAGAAGGAGAGGAGUUGACCCAGGGCUACACAGCAAAGCAGAGGAGCAGAGAGUCCUUGGCCAGCACGCUAUCUACCAUUCUACCCUGCCUUUCACUGCCUGCCUUGCACCUCUUUCCUUUUCAACAUCCUGCCUUCUCCUGUUGUUAAGAUGGCCAAAUAAUUCAUUUACUCUAAGUUGAUUGCCUGGAAACUACCUGCCUUCGACCUGAGAGCUGCUGUGUGUCAGGCUGCGGGGAGGAAGUCUCCAUUCCUAGGACUGAGGCCCUUGAAUACAGGGGCUGCCUUCUUCCUGCGUGGAUCUUCACUGGCUCUGCACAACUCAGAUGGAAUCGACGCUUUCUGUUGAGAAGCCAGGACCUUGUGGAGGCAGAUUCUUGGGCUCCCCGUCGCUGGAGUGGAUGGCCCCUUUGACCCCCUAGGCCAGGCCUCACUGCAGCUGUGCCAAGCAGCUCCCUGCAGUUGGCCCCAGCCACUCUUAGGACAGACUGUUCUGAGUAUUUGCUGGCUGGAGGAAGGAACCUCAUAGGCUUUACAGCGUCCCACCAGCCCUGUCAGAUGGACCCUUAUGGCUGGUGGGUCAAAAACAGUCCUGGUACUGCCAUCAGGGAAUCAGGAAAGGAAGGGCUAAGCUGGCUCCCAGGACAUGGGUGGGCCAUCUGUGGUGAGGACUGACAGCCGGGAAGAGGAAGGGGAGGAGGUCUCCUCGGAGGAGCACCAGCGGGGCCUGCGAUGUCCCCACCUGUUUGAUGGUGCGGGGAGCACACACGCAGCCCCUGCACAUGGGCGAGGUCAGAAGCUGCAUUUCCAUUCCCUGCCUGGAUCUCGCCUGGGCACGCUUCUGCUCUCUGUCAGUGGACACAGGAAAGGGUGGGAUGGCCCGAGAUGCUCAGUGCCCACCAGGCCUUGCUGAGCCCACAGCUGGCCAGUGAGGGAAAUGAUUGAGUUGGACCAGCUGCUAGUGGUGGAUGCGUCAAGGACCUGGCUCUGGGCUGUCUCAGAAUUUUGCCUUGGGACCUGAUCCUAGACAUUGCUGUGUUUUCUUGGUCCCCACCAAGGCAGCUGACAGCCCACAGACCAUGGCCCAUCAGGGGAGUUGUCCUGUCUGCAAACAAAACGCAUGUUGUGCGGGGCUGAGGAUGCCUAGCCCCCAAACCCAGAGGUUGGAAAUACCAGUCCGUUAAAAGGGUCGGAGCCAAGCAGGUUGGGAAUUAAAAUCAGAGGCAUUUGCAGCUGGAAAGGGUUCAGAGAACAUCUGCUCCACCAGUUCUCUCUCUUAUAGAUAAGGAAACAGGUCCAGGAGGUUAAGUGACUUGGCCAAAGUCACACAGCAGAUUGGCGCCAGAGCUGGGACUAACCUCAUCCCUGUGGUUAGGCAACGCAGUUUAGCCUGAAAGCUGAAUGGCAGGUUAGGGGUUAGGCUCGCAGUGUGAGGAAGGCCUCCAGCAGGGUCUGAGCAGCUGGUACUUUCAGGGGUGUGUCAGGGAUGGGGAUAGGUGCCUGGGCUUGGGGUGUGGAGCAUCUGAGAGAGGGUCCAGGAGGGCUCGGGACAGCUAUGUGCUGCUUGGGAUUGGGUGUCUGCCUGGCUUGCACUCAGUACCCAUGACCAUCUCCCCAUUUUCUGUGCCUUAUCUCACUGUUUCAGCUGAGUCCAAGUUGUUUACUCUGUUCCUCUCCAGAGGGGCAUUCUGUCCCAGCUGGACAGCUUACCUUUGGGACAUAAGCCUUUGCCCCACAAGCCGUGGAGAGGACCACAACCAAGCUGCUUGAGCCCACUGUCUUGCUGAUAGUUCAGGCCUGCCUGCCAGCCCGAGGGGCCCCUUAUGCACACCCAGUUUUACCAGCCUGCUCCCAGGAGCCAGGAGUGGGGAAAGCACCUGGGAGGAGACCCGGUGAAAAACUGGACUCGACCCAAAGGGUCAGGAGGAAGAGUUAGCCCUGAUGGGUUGUCCAGCUCUGGGGAAGCCGCUGUCCUUAUCUUUUCCUCUGUGCCACCAAACGACUGCUCCUUCCAGAGGGGAAGGAAACCGGCAGAUCACACAAAGAAAGGCAGAACCCCCGAUCUUCACCUAUGUGGGUCUGUGCCUGGAUGCAGGCCUUCAAAGGGGGCACCGAGAGAUGGAGAAGCGGGCCUGCUCGUCCACUCAGCACCUUCCUCCCCCUUACGCAAGCACAAAGAAGAUGGGGCAGAGAACUGUCAGAGCCGAACGUUCCCACGGUUGCUCACAACUCAGGUAUGCACACGGUGUGGCAGCUGGGCAGCGGGGCCCCACGCGGCCACCAGUCCCGUGCACUCGGACCCGCAGCCAGAUGGUGGACUCUGGCUGCCUGAGGCGCCACCUUCCUGCAUCGGGUUUUCCUCCAUUAGUGACUACAGCCGACACAGACAUCCUCCGCAUUGUGCACACUGGUUCUGCCUUUGUCCUCGCAAGUCGAUACUUGGCAUUAGCAUGAAACUCGUGGGUGUGGGAGGGUUUAGAGAGAAUUCUAACACAAAACAUCCUAUUAAAUUGUACUUGAGAGAUGAAAAACUCCUGUUGUAUUUUGACAGAAUUAUUUUUAUUAAAAUACGCAUCAUGAGGA